UACCAAGUCAGUAUAAAUGAGCAAUGGGAUGCAAGAUUCCUGUACAAUGAUCCAUCACUGGAGAUCUGUCAAGGAGAUGCUAAACAACGUAAUCUUGAUUAUUUCCAAAACUUCCAUUUGACUUCUAUGACAUCAGUUGACCCUGACACUGGAAAUGGAGAAGUUACAAUAAGAUUACCACCAGAAUCUCAUCCUUUAAUAUCAGAGUUAAGGCCAUUCAAAGUAUGCAUUGAAUUUUCACUAGAACAGCCAAAGGGAGGAAUUCACUUUGUAACUCCUAAUAUGGAAGGUACACCAGCAGAGAGAAGUUGUCACUUGUAUACAUAUAAAAGUCUAUAUGAAAAUUCUUCAAGGAUGUGGUUCCCCUGUAUUGAUACAUUCUCAGAACUAUGUACCUGGAAGAUAGAGAUCACUACCGAAAUGGACAUGACAGCUGUGUCGUGUGGUGAUCUUAUAGAGGUUAUGCAGAUGCCAGACAGAAAGAGUAAAACAUUUCAUUACUUCCUGUCAACACCAACUGCUGCACCAAAUAUAGCAAUGGCUGUUGGACCAUUUGAGAUUUUGGUAGAUCCAAACAUGCAUGAAGUGACACACUUUUGUCUGCCACAUCUGACAGAAAUCCUGAAACAUACUACUGGUUACAUACAUGAGGCUUUUGAGUUCUAUGAAGAGUUACUAUCCAGCAGAUAUCCAUACUCCUGUUAUAAACAAGUGUUUGUAGACGAAAGUUUCAUUGACAUGGAUCCGUAUGCAACAAUGACAAUAUUCAGUACAAACCUGCUGCACUCCUCCAGAAUUAUAAACCAAACAAUAGAAACCAGGACGUUGAUGGCUGCAGCUGUAGCAGAACAGUUCUUUGGAUGUUUUCUUUCUAUGGCCAGCUGGCCUGAUGCAUGGUUAACUGUUGGCAUUGCAAAAUAUCUUGCUGGAUUGUUUAUCAAGAAUAAGUUUGGAAAUAAUGAGUACAGAUAUCUUGUUUCUAAGGAAAUGAAACUUGUGCAGGACUAUGAACACAGGGUUGGUGGAAUUGUAUUGGAUCCUGCAGCCAAACAUGGUACACAUCACUUCUUUGUAUGGCAUAGACAGACUAUCUCUCCCAAAUAUGCUGAGAUAUUUCAGAAAAAAGCUCAUCUUAUUCUCAGAAUGUUUGAAAUCAGAAUAGGACAACAACUGCUCAUUCAGGUUUUGAAUAAGCUGCUAGCUUUGGCGGUUUCCUCAGCACAACAGAAAUUCUUAGCCAAUACAUGGGGUAAUACUCUACUGUCUACCAGUUCUUUCACAAAGAUUAUUUCCACAGUUACUGGUAAAGACAUUCAGCCAUUCUUGGAUUUAUGGGUAUCACAGAGUGGGUGUGCUCGUUUCUUUGGUAGUUUUGUGUUUAACAGAAAGAGAAAUGUUGUUGAGUUAGAAAUCAAACAGGAUCUAAGUGCUAAAGGAGCACUGAAAUAUGUGGGUCCUUUAACAGUCACAAUACAAGAAUUAGAUGGAUCUUUUAAUCAUACAUUUAAGAUAGAAGAAAAUAAGACUAAGUUUGAUAUAACUUGUCAUUCUAAAAGCAGGAGAAAUAAGAAGAAAAAGAUACCAUUGGUGACCGGAGAGGAAGUUGAUAUGGAUCUCAGUGCUAUGGAUGCCGAUUCUCCAGUGUUAUGGCUGCAGAUAGAUCCUAAGUUAGAACUUCUCAGACAGGUGACAUUUGAACAACCAGAUUACAUGUGGCAAUAUCAACUUAAAUAUGAGAGAGAUGUUGUCUCACAGAAGGAGGCUAUUACUGCAUUGGAACAUUAUCCCUCACCAGCAACAAGAAAAGCACUGACUGAUGUAUUAGAAAAUGAACAUUGUUUCUACAAAGUUAGAAUAGAUUCUGCUCAAUGUUUAGCAAAGGUAGCCAACUCCAUGGUAACCUCAUGGGCAGGACCCCCAGCAAUGAUGACCAUUUUUAGGAAGAUCUUUGGAUCACACUCUUGUCCAGCCAUUAUAAGACAAAAUAACUUCUCAAAUUUUCAGCAUUAUUUUCUAUUAAAGACAAUUCCACGUGCCAUGGCCCAUUUAAGAAAUCUACAUGCUAUAUGCCCACCUGAGGUGUUUGAAUUCAUUAUGGGACUGUUCAAGUACAAUGAUAACAGCAGAAAUAAGUAUUCUGAUUGUUACUACAGAGCCUCAUUGAUAGAUGCUGCUGCAGCAACAAUUACACCAGCUAUUACUAUCAUUGGUAGUGGUCAAGGAUUGAGUACAGACAGUCUGACAACAGAGGCCAAGAGAAUUCUGGAGGAAAUCACAAGAUGUCUUAACCUAGAGAAAUUAUUGCCAUGCUAUAGACAUGUAGUCACUGUUAGUUGUUUAAAGGCUAUCAGAAUUCUCCAGAAGAAUGGCCAUCUGACAACAGAUUCUACUUUCUUCAUUAACUAUGCCCAGUAUGGUGUGUUUAGAGAUGUCAGAAUCACAGCUUUAGAAUGUUUAGUAGAUGUCAUCAAAACUGAUCUGAUGCCUGGUGAUUUAUACUGGUUACUUGAUCUCAUUGAAUCUGACAGAGAUAAACAUGUUUGCCAUAUAGCUAUGAGACAAUUGAUAGAGAAUCCACCGUUCAAAAGAAUGGAACACAAUCCACUUCAUACCGAGGACUUGGUGGAAAGGCUGUGGAAAAUGAUGAAUUCGACAUUGUCACAUGACAGUAGACUAAGAUGUGAUGUUGCUGACCUAUAUUUUACAUUGUAUGGUAGAACUAGGCCAACUUGUCUUGUCAUUCCAGAUAACCUUGUUGUAUUAAACCUUAAAGACAAGAAGACAAGAAUGAAUCCUGCCAUUGUUCCUGAAGAACUGGAGGACAUGUUUGAAAGUGAUGACGAUGAUGAAAUGAAUUUAAACUCCAGUAUGAAUGCAGCUGAAUCUGAUGACAAAGAAAUAAAUGUUAUGGAUGUGUCACCACUCAAAGAUGACGUCAGUCUGAAACGUAAAAGUGACAUGGCAUUUGAUCUAAUUAAGUCUGAUCAUGGUAUGAUUACAGAAUUCAUGCAGAAUGAAGACAGUAACUCAGAAUUUAAGUUCAAACUCAAGGUCAAACCAGAAGAAGAUAUAACAGUAGCAUCCUCCUUUACCAAAGAAUCAGAUAGAUUAAGUGAUGACUCUAUGUCACCAUCACAAUCAAGUUCUGCUCCAGCAUCAGCUGUAACAUCCCAACCAACAUCAUUUUCUGGAUUGUUUUCAUCAGUAUCAAUGGUGGACUCCAUGGACCAUAGUAGAUUACAUAAAGUCAAGAAAAAGAAGAAGAAAAACAAGAAACACAAACAUAAGCAUAAACAUGAGAAAUCUGAAAGGGAUACUUCUGUUGAUCGAUUCAAAGACUCAGAACAAGAAAGUGUUUUGUCGUUAGACAGGUUUAAAGAAGGACAUAAAUCGUCAGAGAGUAGUACUGUCAAUUCACCGUCAGUGUUUAAUAAUGCUCCAAGCUCACCAGAAUUUGAAGUUAUAUGAAAUUGUAUGGCAAAUGUUUGAAUUGAAUAGUCUAACUUGACUAGAAAAAUCUAUUGAAAAGAUUAAGUAAUUUGAUUCAAGGAUCAGCAAUUUGAAGAAUACAGAACUUGACAUAUUCAUACUAUUUUGUAUUUGUACUAUAAAGACAUAUGAGCAGAAUUUGAUUCACAUAUUGGAUUUAAGAAUUUUGAGACAUUAUUGUCCACCAUAAUACAUUCUUUGUAUGUGUGUAAUGGUCAAAAUGAAGAUAGUAAAUAAAUAAUGAGAAAAUAAAUGUUA